AUGUCAAUAAUAGAAGAACUAUUCCAAUCGCUUCCUAAUAACCCAAUUGUAUACUACACAUUGGUGUUUGCCUUACUAGUUGGUGUUUUCAAGUUAACCACUUUUGUUCUCAAAUUUGGUUCCUUACUUUUUGACAUUUUUGUCGUACCUCCCGUCGAUUUCGUUAAGUAUGGUGCACACAGUGGCAAAUGGGCAGUUGUCACCGGUGCUUCUGACGGAAUUGGGAAGGAGUUUGCUUUGCAGUUGGCUAAACGUGGAUUGGCUAUUGUGUUGGUGUCAAGAACGAAAUCAAAAUUGGAGGCUGUGGCUGAAGAAAUUACUGCCAAAUACAAGGUUGACACUAGAAUUGUUCCAUUUGAUGCGGCACUGGAUGAUGACUCUAACUACUUGGAGUUGGAAAAGACGGUUUAUGACUUACCAAUUACUGUUUUGAUCAACAAUGUUGGACAAUCUCACUCCAUCCCAGUUCCAUUCUUGGAAACUGAUGCUACUGAGUUGAGAAACAUCAUAACCAUUAACAACACAGCUACGUUGAGAAUCACUCAAGUUAUUGCGCCAAUUAUUGCUGCUACUGUUGAAAAAUCACGUGGCGCAACUAGAGGUCUUAUUUUGACAAUGGGUUCUUUUGGUGGAUUGUUGCCCACCCCUUAUUUGGCUGUUUACUCUGGCUCCAAAGCCUUUUUACAACAAUGGUCAAAUGCAUUGGCUGGAGAAUUAAACCCUGAAGGUAUUGAUGUUGAGUUGGUCAUUUCAUAUUUGGUAACCUCAGCGAUGUCCAAGAUUAGACGUUCAUCAUUGACAAUUCCGAAUGCAAAAGACUUUGUUGCUUCUGCAUUGAAAGGAGUUGGUCGCAGAGGUGGUGCCCAAGAGAGGUUUGCUACUACUACACCAUACUGGGCACACGCUUUAAUGCAUUUUGGAAUUGAUAAUACCGUUGGUGUUUAUUCCAAGAUCGCCAACAAGAUUAACCUCAACAUGCACAAAUCAAUUAGACAGAGGGCUUUAAGGAAGAAGGCAAAGACUGCUGCUGCUGCUGGUGCUACUAUUAGUGCUGAAAAGAAUGAUUAG